AUGUUCAAACAUUCGCCCGUUGCCCGGGACAACGAGCGCCUCGUUUAUGUCCUGCGGGAUUUAGUGUUAGGAGUUGUGGGGGUUCAGUUUCCAAGCGCAUGGCUUCGCAGCAUCACAGAACGGGUCAGGCUGGGAGGGACAUCUGCUCCAAACCCCCUGCUCCACCGGGGUCAUCCCAGAGCACGUGGCACAGGAUUGCGUCCAGACGAAUCAGGUGCUGUUUUCACAUUUGGGAGAAGCAAAUUUGCAGAAGAUGUUCCUAGCAAGUUCUGGUUCAAAAAUGACAAGCCUGUACUUAUAUCAUGUGGAGAUGAACAUACCGCUAUUAUUACAGGGAAAGGUAAACUAUACAUGUUCGGCAGUAACGACUGGGGCCAGUUAGGACUGGGAUCAAAGAGCACUGUCAGCAAACCAACAUGUGUUAAAGCUUUAAAACCAGAAAAACCAAAACUUGCUGUUUGUGGAAGAAAUCACACUUUAGUUUACACAGAAAAAGGAAAUGUGUAUGCUGCUGGAGGUAACAGUGAAGGUCAGCUGGGAUUAGGUGACACAGAAGAAAGGACCACAUUUCAUUUAGUAAGUUUUUUCACCAGCCAGCACAAGAUCAAGCAGCUAGCAGCUGGAUCAUACACCUCAGCAGCAGUAACUGAGGAUGGGCAGCUUUUUGUGUGGGGUGAUAAUUCAGAAGGUCAGAUUGGCUUGGCCAAUGAAUCCUGUGUCAGUGUCCCUUGUCGAGUGGAUGUUGGAAAACCUGUUUCCUCUGUAUCCUGUGGAUAUUAUCACUCUGCCUUGAUAACAGGAGAUGGUGAGCUCUAUACUUUUGGAGAACCUGCAAAUGGUAAACUGGGAUUAUUGCCUGAACAGCUGAAGAACAAUAGAGUCCCACAGCCUGUACUGGGAAUUAUGGAAAAAGUUAAUAAGGUUGCUUGUGGUGGAGAGCACACAGUGGUGCUGACAGAGACAGAUGUCUAUACUUUUGGACUUGGACAAUAUGGGCAGCUGGGCCAUGGUACUUUUGUUUUUGAAUCUUCAGUGCCGAAGUCUGUGAAACACUUGAAGAAGCAUAAAAUACGUAACGUUGCAUGUGGGGAAAAUCACACUGCUGUAAUAGCAGAGAAUGGCCUCAUGUUCACUUUUGGAGAUGGACGACAUGGCAAGCUGGGCUUUGGAGAAGAGAGUUUUACAAACCUGUUUGAUCCCACUCUGUGUUAUAAUUUCUUGAAGUUCACAGUGCUUUUGGUUGCUUGUGGUGGUUGUCACAUGCUGGUUUUUGCUGCUCCAAGACCUAAAGGAUCUGAAGAAAUACCCUUAGAAGAUUUAUAUGAGAAUCCUUUGACUGCUACUAUCCCUAAAAUGAGCGGGGACUUUGUACUGGCAGACACCUUACAGCUGUCAGCAGCACGAAUGCGACGUCGGGAGAGGGAAAGGUCACCAGAACAGUUUGUUCGAAUGGCACGAACUCUGCCUCCACUGGGAAAAAGCUUCUUAAAAUCUUCAUUGCCUGUGACAAGCAACACUACCCCAUUCAGUUUUUCUGCAACAAGUCUUCCUAAAGCUGAAUCUGUGGCAGAUGGAGACAGUGAAAAAGAAAAUGAUCAUCAAAGGGGUAAACCUGGUGAAGCCUCUACAGAAGAAGAUUCAGAUGAUGACAGUACUGACAGAAACCUUGGAGAUACAACUGACAUCCUAAAUAUGACACAUGCAAUGAAAUUGAAUCCCAGUGACUGGUCCAUAGAAUUAUCACCACUCCAGAAACAGAAGAAGAACAAUAAAAAUGUGAAACUGAAAAGAGAUGGUAAGGGUGGGCUGAAAACUAAGGAUUCUGAUUUCACAAAGGAGGUCUCAAAAUUAGACUCUGGCUCUUUACAAAAACAGUCCUCACUUUCAGAGUCACCAGGACAAGAUUUAGAAAAGAGUAGUGCCUUUGUAGGGAAGUCUGUGGCCAAAAAAAACCCAACAAAAGCUAAACCUGAGCAUACACAAAGUGUUAGUACUUUGAAGAGGGGUGUUCAACAAAUGACUAGGGACAAAAGCAGAUUAGUGAAAAGGCAAGAAGAAUAUGUGGAAAAUCCUGAAUUUUUCAGAGAGGAUGUAACUUAUAAUCUUCCAACUGAAAAUCAAAUUCUGUCUGAAAAACCAAAUUCUUCCAAUAAAAAAUCAAAAGCUGUUAAAUCUAAGCAAUCACUGAAAAUAGAGGUACUUCCUUCUGCAUCCAGGGAUCACCCCCAGACUGAUGAUUCCUUAGUUGUAGAAAAAUACAAUCUCGUUCAAAAGCAAGAAAGUCGAGAAGCAAUAAAAAGUCAAAACAAAAUAAAGGAUGUGGCUGAAAAAUCUGAGAAGUGUGAAAGAACGCACGUCAAAGGAGAAGAAAGUAGUGCAGAGAAGACAGAGAAGAUAGGGUUUAAAAUAUCUGUGACUAUGUCAUCGUCUUCAACUGAGGAAAGUAGUUACGAUCUUGAAAAGUAUGUGCUUAAGCGUAGGAAAAAAGAAGAGGACUACAGUGAAGACAGAGGCAUCCAGAGGGCAAGGAGAACAGUAGAAAAUGUGGAAGAUUUGGACUUAGAAAAAGAAGACAGUGAGAUUGAGGAGAUGCAAAUUAGAAACAAUGAGAAAGAAUGUGUAGAAGAGACUGAUUUAAAAAGCCAGAAUGAGGAAGAAACAAACUCUGAUGCUAAAUCUGAUGAAGAUGGGCAAUUAGAAAUUAAGAAUGGGGAGGAUUCUGAUCAAGAGCAGGAGGGUGAAGGCAGUGGAAAGGGUGAAAGUGAAAAAGAAAAAUUAGAUGAAACAAUUGACAGUGAAGGUAAACUAGGGGAGGAAGAAGAAGACAGUGAGUAUGAGAAAGGUAGAGAUGAAGUUUCAGUAGAAAAAGAUAAAGAUGAGGAGGAAAAAGAUAAUGAGGAAGAACAUGAAGGAGAGGAGUCACAGGCUGAGAGAGACAGUGAGAAUGAGGGUGCAGAGGAGGUUGAAGAGGUUAAUCAGGAAGAUGGAAAAGAUCAGGGAGAUGAGCAAGGCAGGUUGAUGAAGGAAGAAGAAAUGCUGAGUGAGGGAGAAAAGGAGGAUAUGGAGAAGUAUGCAAAAGAGGAAGGCACUGAAAAAGAAAAGGAGGAACAGGUUAAAAGUGAGGGAAGAAAUGAGAGUGAGGAAGGAGGUGAACAUAGAGAGGGGGAGGAAGAAAAAGAGAGGAAGGAAGAAGAUGUAUCUGAAGAAGAACAGGAAGAAGAAGAUAUGAGGACUAAGAAGGUGGAGGAGGAUGGAGUGGAAGAAGGAGAAGAGGGAGAGGGGGAUGAUGAAGUGGAACAGGAAAGAAAAGAUGAGGAGAAAGAAGGAACAGAGGCAGAAGCAGAAGGGGAAGAGGAUGGAGUGGAAGAAGGUGAAGAAGGGGAGGAUGAAGUUGAAGAGGAAAGAAAAGAUGAGGAGAAAAAAGAAGGAACAGAGGCAGAAGCAGAAGGGGAGGAGGAUGAAAUGGAAGAAGGAGAAGAAGGAGAGGAUGAAGGGGAAAGAAAAGAUGAGGAGAAAAAAGAAGGAACAGAGGCAGAAGCAGAAGGGGAGGAGGAUGGAGUGGAAGAAGGAGAAGAAGGGGAGGAUGAAGUUGAAGAGGAAGGAAAAGAUGAGGAGAAAAAAGAAGGAACAGGGCUAGAAGCAGAAGGGGAGGAGGGUGGAGAAAGUGAAAAGGAAGAAGAGGGGGGAAAUGAAGAAGAGGAAGAAGGGAUAGAAGAAGAUGGGGGAGUGGGGGAGGAAAAAGAAGAGGGAGUUGAAGAAGAUGAGGGAGAAGAGGCAGUGGAAGAAGAAGAGGGAGAUGAGGAAGAAGAGGGAGAAGAGGAAGAAGAGGGAGAAGAGGCAGUGGAAGAAGAGGGAGAUGAGGAAGAAGAGGGAGAAGAGGCAGUGGAAGAAGAGGGAGAUGAGGAAGAAGAGGGAGAAGAGGCAGUGGAAGAAGAGGGAGAUGAGGAAGAAGAGGGAGAAGAGGCAGUGGAAGAAGAGGGAGAUGAGGAAGAAGAGGGAGAAGAGGCAGUGGAAGAAGAAGAGGGAGAUGAGGAAGAAGAGGAGGAUGAGGAAGAAGGAGUGGAAGAAGAAGAAGAGGAAGAGGAAGGAGAAGAGGGAGUGCAGGAAGAAGAAGAAGAAGAGGAAGAAGAAGAAGAAGAAGAAGAGGAAGGAGAAGGGGAAGAGGGAGAAGAAGAAGGGGAAGAGGGAGAAGAAGGGGAAGAGGGA